AUGAACGAUUUGGUGGAACUUGAUCCAUGUUCUGCAUGGUUGUUCUUUUAUGACAGCAAGAGGGAGACAGCUAAGAUGUUUGAAGGGAAAAGUAGAUUUUGGGAUGGAAUUGUCAAAACACAACCACUAUGGGAGUUUGAGUCAGAUGUAUUGUUAUCUCAUUUAAGGAGCUCCAGCCAAAGCACUGUGGAUUGGUGUCAGACAGUUGAAGGCUACAUAUUAAAAGCAGAAACACCGGGAACUGGAAAAAAUAACAUUCAAGUCGUUGUUGAUAAGGGGAAGGUUGUGGAAAUUAGUGGACCGUGGAAGCAGCAAAGAGACUCAAAGGCCCAUGACUGGAGGUGUGGCCAUUGGUGGGAACAUGGAUAUGUGAGAAGGCUUCAGAUGCCAGAGGAUGCAGAUUGGAAGAAUAUAGAAGCAUACAUACAUUACGACAUAUACUUAGAAAUACGUAUUCCAAAGAGCAAACAGGGUCGUGAUCUUCCUCAGGGAAAGGAUGUGGCUUGAACAUGCAGAAGCAGUGUAAAUUUAAGAAAUAACA